UCGCUUGGCUUCCUGGAGGCAGUAGGUAGCGAAGACGGGCGGGUAGGUGCCGGCUGCGUCCCGCCGUUCCUCUGGCGCCUGGUUCCGCCAUACCUCCUUCCACGACCUUGGCGAGCAUGUUCUCCAGGGCCCAAGUGAGGCGCAUUUUGCGACGGGUGCCCGGGAAGCAGCGGCUCGGUAUCUACAGGUUCCUGCCCUUCUUUUUUGUCAUGGGAGGAAUGAUGGAGUGGAUCAUGAUUAAAGUGCGCGUGGGCCAGGAGACCUUCUAUGAUGUCUACCGUAGAAAAGCCUCAGAAAGACAAUAUCAAAGAAGGCUGGAAGAUGAAUGAGACUGAACUUCAGCAGUCAAUAAAAUGAAUAUGGAUUUUCACUAUUGGUUUCAACACCUGUAAAAAUGUACGUUUCAGAUCUUUU